UCUUGUACUCGCUUACCUAUACUUGGCUAGCGUCUUUAGAUAUAAUUUCAGUUUUAAAAACAUUUAUUGUCACGCGCGAGUAUUUUUUGUUAGCAAAAAGAGAAUGUUUCUAUACAGUUUUAUACUUUUUCUAGUGGCUGAGAAAGUUGUAGCAUCAGUGAUAUUUGAGGAUUGUGGAUCAGCGUACGAGUUGGACGAAGUUAACAUACAUGGGUGCGGCAUGAGACUGCCCUGCGUAGUCACCUUGGGAGAAAAUGUUCCUGUCAACGUCAAAUUUUAUGCAGGCUUCUCAUCCACGCAGCUCGACCAAGAUGUGGUGAUCAAUAUCAACUUGAUAAACUUAAGAACAAAUGUUACUCCAGAGCCCUGUGUAACAGUCCACUGUCCAGUGCGAACCAACGCAGUUACUUCCUUCACCAGCGUUAUGACUGUACCCACCAAUAUGGCUUUGAACCAACGAGGCUAUUUGCGUUGGCGCGUAUACAACGAACAGGGCAGACAAGUACUCUGCUACGCCGUGAUGGUCCAAACCCAGAGUCCUCUGCAGAAGAUUCUUCGCCAAGCGAUGGCCCAAGUGCCUGACACACCGAGCCACUCCCACAAUUUGAACAACGUGAAUGCCACAGACCUAUCUUACAUAGAGCUGGCGCGUGGUCACUAUCAGACCAAUAGUAGAUAGUUCGCCUGUUACGAACAUCUUUUGUAAAUAGAAGGCAAAGCGAUAACGGAAAGAUAAUGACAGACGUAAUAAAACUGUGAUUUACAGAUAAUUUAUACCUAUUUAAUAUCUUUGUUAGAAGUUAUAGAUAAUGAUUAAUUUGAAAUCAGAUAUAAUUUAUCUGGGUCCAUAUUGGCUCAUAUAAAAUUAUUUGUUAUAAAAUUAUUGUUUAUACCGAUUUGUGCUCCGAAUGAUCAUUUCUCAUAAUUUUACUUAUCAUAAUUUUGUUUCAUUAUUAUCAAUAGUACUACUAUCACUGUUCAUAAUAAUCUACUUAAAAUCUAUAAUUUUCAAAUAUCACUCAGUAGAAAUGUCAGAAGUGAACAAGUUGUUUUGUACUAAAUUAUUAGAAAAAAAAAACACGCGUUUAAUUUAAAUCGAAUACCUAUAAUUAAGGACGAUUAUUUUAAAGACUGAUAUUUCGGAGUAUUAAACGUUUAUUUUAUACGUUUUGCUAUUUCUAUUCUAUUGAAACUCCAUUUUAGAUACCUUUUUUCCGAUUAGUCAGUAAAAAGUAAUUUAUACCACAAAAAAUGGAUGCAAAAUGUAAAAUAAUAUAUAUUUGAACAGAAAAGUGUCACUUUACUCCCCCCUAGUCAUGAGUACCUAAAGGAGAAAAGAACUCUAUUCGAAAUUGUGACGUGAAAAAAGGGUUUUGAUAUGGGCAGAGGGUAUGAUAAGAUUUAUGAGUUAAUCGCUAAUGAGAUGGCGAGCUCGUCCCGAAUUGUGUAAUAGCGAUUGAUACUAAUACCGAGGAAUUAAAUAUCUUAAGUCAAGCAAAAGCUAUUUGUGCAAUGUUAGCUUAAUCUCUACGCUAUUUCAUAAUAAAAUAGUUUAAAAUAAAAAUAUACCGAAUUCUAUGUCAAACAUAGGUACCAUUUUACUCGUUGUUAAGUAUAUAGCCGAUAAAUUGGAGUUCGGUAUGUAUUGUGAUCAUCGUUUUCUCCUAGAAUACGAGCUCCACGUGUAUACAAAUAACGAGGUAAUAAAAUAUAUCGCGUACCGCUCAGAACAAUAGGUAAAUACAUAUAUUUACAAUACAUUCAUGUUCCUCACUUUUGAAAUGCAAUCUAAAUAUCUACAGAUUUGUGUUUAGUCCAGAAUUACAAACGUGUAGGUUUCCUUGUGUAUUAAAGUGUAGAGUUACCUAUAUACACAACUACCCGUACAUCAUCGUAAGGUAGGUUGUUGGCUCUACCACUACAGUUUGGUACAUGAUACCUACGUUGUGUGUUUAAUUAUUUUUAAUUAAAAAAAAAAUCUGCCUACGACACGCCAAUUGUCUUAGUUCAAAGAUCCGCUUUAGAUAUCCAGUUAAGAUACCCAUGAUACGUAUUUAAUGCUAAUGAACAUGAACAAAAACCAAAUAACAUUGUUCAGAUAUACCUACUUUUAUACUUAACCAAAAUAAACACACUAGUACCGCCUAACAUAGAAUAAUUAUGAAGAUGACACGCCCUAAAUGCCUAUUAAGCACCCAUUUUUAUGUGAAAUUAUUGCUUUUGUUUACGUACGAAAAUUUGAUAACGUUGUACGUUGUCCUUCCCUUGUUUAACCCUUCAUCCUAAUCGGAAACUUGCCUGUCCUUAAAAUAAGACAAUUUUAUCCACACUAACUGCUAAAGGCUUCGAAAACGGCUGAGAAAGUUGCAUUUUAUGCACAA